AUGAGCAAUCACACUAACUUGUUCCCAAACUUCACCGAUGAAACCAGCCAGUUAUUUUUGAAUUUUAACGACAUAGUUGAUAAUUUGUUCACCAAGUUUCCUAAAGCAGAAUUUUAUGUUGCUGGUAUCGGAGCUAUCACUAAUAUCCUUCACCUGAUAGUCAUUUCACAAAAAGCAAUGAUGAUGUCAUCGACGAAUGUGAUUUUGAUUGGAAUUGUUAUUCAUGAUUUGAUGCUAAUGCUAUCUAUACUGUCACCAUUUGUUAAUAGGCCAAGGAUAGGAGGAUGUGACCCACCGCCAUCUUUAAUACGAGUGCAUCUGGAACUACUAAGUUAUGCCAUAUCUGACUCAUCAAGAAGAACCUCUUCCUGGCUUGGUGUCUCUUUGGCGUUUGUCAGAUUCGCUGUUCUAAAAAAUGCUAGGAAACUAAGGCCCACUAAUCUUGGAAAACUUCGAUUCGGAUGGAUCAUAGUUUUUAUUAUGUCUUUUAUCAGUAUUUUAUUCGCAGCUGCUUAUCGCUUCCGCUUUAAAUUAAUCCAGUUUGAAACGUGGCAUCCUCCACCAAGUUGUGAGUUCUCCGAAAAUUUCACAAGACCAGAAUAUGGAUAUCUGCAACGAGCGAUUUUUUAUGAUUACCAUGAACUCCUACUCAAGCUGAGCUUUUUGAUUGAUGGUAUACUCGCAAAAUUUGUUCCUUGUUUCAUACUCAUUUUGCUUGGAUUUCUACUAGUCAAGGAAUUGAAACAUGCUCAGGGAUCUAGAAAAAUGAUGAGGAGUAAGAAGGAAAGUGCAUCUAAAAAUAGAACAACGAAAAUUGUAAUUUGUAUGACUGUUAGUUACUUGGUGGCCGAAUUUCCUCUUGGACUGAUUAUGAUUCUACAGUUUGUCCUAGCAGAGACGCCAGGAUUUCUACUAGUUCUGAGCAAAAUGCAGUUGCUUUUCAAUUUGAUAAACACAUGCAAUGCAACUAUUCAUUGUUUCAUUUGUUUCUCGUUGUCGGUUCAUUAUAGGAAUACGGUAAAACGGAUGCUAUAUUGUUAUAAGAAACGAGUAGCUGUUGUUCAAGCAUUCAGUGUACAGCCUUGA